AUGACGGGUUUAACUGCUGAAGAAAUUAGAUUACAGAAUAUACGAUUCAGACAAUGGGGUUCCUAUGUUGGUGAACGUCAAUGGGCCACCGUUCGUGAAGAUUAUUCCGCCGAUGGUAAUGCGUGGGCAUCGUUCCCGUUUGACCAUUCCAAGUCAAGAACUUAUAGAUGGGGUGAAGAUGGGAUCGCUGGUAUCUCUGACAGACGUCAAUUGAUCAACGUUACCAUGGCUCUUUGGAACGAGAAGGAUGAUAUCUUGAAGGAGAAGUUGUUUGGUCUUACUAAUAGUCAAGGUAAUCAUGGUGAAGAUGUCAAAGAAAUGUAUUACUACCUUGAUAACACUCCUUCGCAUGCCUAUAUGAAGUAUUUGUACAAGUAUCCUCAAAGCAAGUUCCCUUACCAGCAAUUGAUUGACGAAAAUGCCAAACGUACUAGAUUAGAAGAUGAGUAUGAACUUACUGAUACUGGUAUUUUCAAAGAUAACAAGUACUUUGAUAUCGUGUUUGAAUGUGCCAAGGGCGAUGAUGCUCCUGAUGAUUUAUAUUUCAGAAUCACUGCUUACAAUAGAGGUAAUGAACCUGCACCAUUGCACAUUUUGCCACAUCUUGUUUUGAGAAAUACUUGGGCUUGGGGGACCGAAGAAGUGAAGAGUAAACCCUCCGCUAAAGAAAUUGACCAAUACACUAUUGAAGUUGAACAGGAAAGAUUUGGAAAGAGAUACUUGGUGUUUGCUCCUGCUCCUGGUUGUACUGAAGGUUCUCCAGAUGUUGAACCUACAAUUUUAUUCACUGAAAAUGAAACCAAUACCCAAAGAUUGUAUGGACAAGAAAACAAGCAUAAGUACGUCAAAGAUGCCUUCCAUGACCAUAUUGUUGAUGGUAAGGAAGACGUGGUUAACCCAGACAAGACCGGUACCAAAGCCUGUGGUUGGUUUCAAUUCAAUCAAAAUGGUGGUGUGGCCCCUGGCGAUUACGUCACUAUUCGUUAUAAAUUAACUCGAGACAAAUCUGAUGUCGAUGAAUACGAGUUGGAUCAAAUUUUAAGUAGACGUCAAGCUGAAGCCGAUGAGUUUUUCCACAAAGUCACACCAUUACCAAUCAGCAAUGAAUUGAGACAAAUCCAACGUCAAGCAUUUGCUGGUUUGUUAUGGACCAAGCAAUUUUACCAUUUUGUCCACAAUUAUUGGUCAUACGGUGAUCCAAACACGGUCAAGCCUCCUAUUAAUCGUGCCAAUGGUAGAAACAAAGAAUGGAGUCAUUUAUUUAUUGACGAUAUCUUGUCAUUGCCAGAUAAAUGGGAAUACCCAUUCUUUGCCGCUUGGGAUUCUGCGUUCCAUUGUAUUCCAUUUGCCAUGAUUGACCCUUGGUUUGCCAAGAAUCAAAUUGAUUUGCUAUUGAGAGAAUGGUAUAUGCACCCCAAUGGACAAAUCCCCGCCUACGAAUGGAAUUUCAGUGAUGUAAACCCACCAGUACAUGCAUGGGCCGCGUAUAGAAUUUACAAAAUUGAAAGAAAGAUGUAUGGUGUUGAAGAUGUUGACUUUUUAGAAAAAGUUUUCCAAAAAUUGAUGUUGAAUUUCGCGUGGUGGGUCAAUAGAAAGGAUGCCGAGGGUCUCAAUGUGUUUGAAGGGGGGUUCUUGGGAUUGGAUAACAUUGGUGUUUUCAAUAGAUCCGAAGCAUUGCCUACUGGUGGAAGUUUGGAACAAGCUGAUUCAACUGGGUGGAUGGCGUUCUUUUCAUUGCAAAUGUUGAAUAUUGCUCUUGAAUUGGCCAAGACUAGACCAGUUUAUGAAAAUAUCGCUUCCAAGUUCUUUGAACAUUUUGUUAUUAUUGCUGAUGCCAUGACAUUUAGAGGUGCUGACAAUUUCGAAACUGGAAAUGCCAAGAACUCUCUUUGGGAUGAAAAGGAUCAAUUCUAUUACGAUGCAAUUAGAUAUGGUGAUCACAAUACUCAAUCAUUGCCUGUUAGAUCUUUAGUCGGGUUGAUUCCAUUGUAUGCUUCGUUAACUUUAGAACCGGAUUUGAUGGACAAGUUUCCUUCAUUUAAGAAGCGUUUGAAUUGGUUCCUUACUCAUCGUAAGUCUAUUUCCGAGAGAAACAUCGCUUCCAUGGAUGCCAGGGGUGUGGGUGAAAGGUUAUUGUUGGCUUUAGUUUCCAAGGAAAGACUAGUUGCUAUCUUGGAUAGAAUGCUUAAUGAAGAUGAAUUCUUGUCUCCAUAUGGUAUCAGAUCUAUGUCGAAAUACCACAAGGAUCAUCCAUUUGAAAUGGAUGUCAAUGGUCAACAAUUCAAGGUUGAAUAUUUACCAGGUGAAUCCGAUUCAGGAAUGUUUGGUGGUAAUUCCAAUUGGAGAGGACCUAUUUGGUUCCCUACCAAUUUCUUGCUUGUUGAAGCACUUCAAAGAUUCUAUUUGUACUAUGGUCCUGAUUUGAAGGUUGAAUGUCCUAAGGGAUCAGGGGAUUUCUUGAAUUUGGCCCAAUGUGCUCAAGAAAUCCAGCAUAGAUUGAUUCAUUUGUUCCUUCGUGAUGAAGAUGGAAAUAGAGCAUGUAAUGGUGACAAUGAGUUGCUUAACCAGGACCCACAUUUCAAAGAUUAUAUUCCAUUCUUUGAAUAUUUUGAUGCUGAUACUGGUAGAGGGUUGGGUGCAUCGCAUCAAUGUGGUUGGACUGCUGUGGUUGCCAAAUGGGUUCAUGACAAUGCAGCAAGUUCUCGUGUUCCAAAGACACCAAAGACACCGCUUCAAAGAAGCAAAUCUUCCGUUUUCAUGCAUAAUAGUGAGGAUAUUUUUGCUUGCAAGGCCGCAGAAGAGUUGACUCAUCACCAUCCAGAAUCUUCUCCAAUGCCUGGUAAUUUAGUCAGAAGAAAGUCAGGUAAGUCGUUGUUGAAUUUGACGGUGAAUGCUCUUGAUUUGGACGAGGAUGAAGAAUAUGCCCAUGGUAAGAUUGAUGCUGCUAGAAAAUUAGAAGGAUUAGACCAUGGUGUCUGUGUUGCCGGCGAAAUGUUGCAGAAUGAAUUGAAUGCCUUGGAGGCUACUGAAUCGAAUGUUUCCAUUGAUUCCGAUGCAGGCAUGCCUAAUCACAGUCUUUUGGAUCAAGUCAAGGCUGCAUUCGAAAGAUACAAGAGUAGAACUGGUGAUGAGGACAAUGCUUCUGGUGAUGAAUUGGAAACAAGAACUCACUAG